GGCGGCGCGUGCAGGGCUGCUGUGCAGAUCUUUAGUCAGUGCUGACACUGCUCUGGCUUCGUGUUACAGCUGCAGAGCACAGAGAACACAGCGGUGGUGAUGAGUCACUGUGGAGGAACCGCUCUGUGUGCUGCAGCUGAAGCUGCUGCUGGAGCUGCUGCAGGGUGAGGGAUGGUUCCUGCCCGUCCGGUUCUGGGGGUUCAGCCGGACGUCAACAGCGGAACAGCGGAGGGUGUGGGGGCUGUGCUGUGUUGUUCUCACGUGGCUGCUGACUCUCUCUCUCUCUCUCUCUCUCUCUCUCUCUCUCUCUCUCUCUCUCUCUCUCUCUCUCUCUCUCUCUCUGUGUGGUUGAGUGUGUGUAUGUAUGUGAGUGAGAGAGAGGGAUUUUUUAGGGAAUUUGGCGGCUGAUGGGAAGACCUGCCACCAACAAAACGGUGUUAAACGCGUGAAAAACGGCGUUAAACUGCGUUUUUUGCUGCGUGUUUCGUGUUUCAGACUGACCUCGAUGCUUCUCUGAUUCUGAGGAUGAGCUGCUGAUAAACACGCGCUGUUGUUUUCUCGGGAAAUGGCCCCGGACAGGAGCGGGAGGUGCAGUCAGGAGUAGCGGCUGUGGUGGAGGUGGUGGUGGGGGUGAUGAUGGUGGGUCUGGGCGGCGGGAGGUGUAGGUGCAGCCUGGCUCUGGCGCUGCUGAUCUCGGCCGGCUCCGUCUUCCUCUUCUGCGAGUUUGCCAUCUACUACCCCGCGGUCCUGCGCUGCUCCUGGCCGGAGAUGAGGGAGGACGGGGAUCGUGGUACGGGCUCCGGUUCCCCCGCGGCUGUGAGGGCUCUGUUCCUCUCCGACACCCACCUCCUCGGAGCCAUCCGGGGACACUGGUUCGACAAGCUGAGGAGGGAGUGGCAGAUGGAAAGAGCUUUCCAGACAGCCAUGUGGUUACUCAGACCAGAGCUGGUUUUUAUUUUGGGAGACAUUUUCGAUGAAGGCAAAUGGAGUUCACCUGAGAAUUGGGAGGAUGAUGUUCGGCGCUUUAAGCAGAUCUUUCGUCACCCCAGCGAUACGGAACUUGUGGUUCUUAUUGGCAACCAUGACAUCGGCUUCCACCACGAAAUGACUCGCUAUAAACUGGAGCGCUUUGAGAAAGUGUUCAAUGUGACGUCAGCGCGCAUCCUUACUAAGAGAGGAGUGAAUUUUCUGCUGGUGAACAGUGUGGCGCUGCAUGGAGAUCACUGUCCCAUUUGCCAGAGUGUAGAGAAUGAGCUACACAGUCUCUCACAAGCUCUUAACUGCUCUGUACAGAGCUUUCAGUCUGAGAGUAAGAAGCAUCGCUGCAGAGACAUGCAGAGAUAUGCAUCAACACCUCCCAUUUUAUUGCAGCAUUAUCCUCUAUAUCGGGUCAGUGAUGCUGAGUGCACAGGUGAAGACGCAGCUCCACCUAAUGAACGCUACCAGCUGUUUCACGAGCGCUACGAUGUGCUUUCUCAGGAUGCCUCAAAGAUGUUGCUGUGGUGGUUCCAGCCCCGCCUUAUUCUGAGUGGCCACACCCACAGUGCCUGUGAGGUUUUUCAUGAGAACCGCAUCCCUGAGAUCAGCGUUCCGUCUUUCAACUGGCGGAACCGCAACAACCCCAGCUUUAUCCUGGGUUCAUUCUCACAGUCAGACUACGCACUGUCUAAGUGUUUCCUGCCAGAGGAGAGCAGCGUUAUUGCAGUGUACUGUGGCAGCGCCAUGUUAUUAGCUCUGAUCACCCUGGGCCAUCUCAGUCUGUUUCGGGGAGCUCUGCAUGUAACCAACAUCCUCCUGGGAAAGCAGAAGUCUUUAUGAGUCUAAAAUGGAACCUGGUGAUUACCUGCUGAGGUGAAUUGGACCUGUUAUGUAUAUAUAUAAUCUUUAGACUGAACAGGAAUUCAUCCCUUCAGGGCUGGAGUUCUCCAUGCUGGUGCACGUGCUGGCACUGCACAACCAACCGUGUGUGAAUACAGGGUUACGUGAGGUAUGAAACUGGAAGAAGUUCUCAGAAGGAUUACAGCACAAUGCCAGUUCCAAAGUGGUGGGCUAGAAUUACUUAGAAUUGUUUUAGAAGACAUUUGAACUGAACAUGGCAGUGUUUCGAGGACACUAAGCCAAGCGGUAGCUAAGCACUGUUGACAAACAUACUACUGCUAAAGCCCUGUCGGGAGGGGAUUAGUUUCUCAGGGGAACGUCUGUGAAAAGUAGUUAACACUUCUAUUUUGGAAUAAAACUCUUGCUUUAGCACUGCAAUUGAAAAUACAGGAGGACCAGUGAGUUUUUAGGCUUUUUCAGUCACAUGACAUCGCGUUCAGUAGCUCCUCCAUUUCCACUCGCUGUUUGGUUUAUGUGGAUCUUCGUGUAAAGUGUAAUUAUGGUGCAUAGCAGUGGAAAAAUAGCCGUUUUAUUGAACAGGAGGUGACAAAACUCAAGAGAUGUGCGUCCAGACAAGACUAAAAUUACCUUACGACCACGGAGUUCAGGAGGUAAUUCUGCCUGUAAUUUUCUCAGAGAAUCUCUGAGAAAAUUACACAUACAUGGUUGUUUCGGAUGGGAAUAAAAUCACAGAGUACCCCCAUAAAAGACAAAAAAUGACCCCAGAACCCCCUGUGAAAUGAAUCCCGCCCAGAUAGAGCUUAAGCUAAAGGUUUGAAUGCUCAGGAAUCCUGAACCUGUAGAUACUUAUUACUGUGAAGAGCCGUAAGAUACAUUUAACUCCUGCUGAAGCUGAAGAGUAAGAAUGGACUUGAUCUCUUUUACUCUGACCUGCUUUUUUCCCCUACAUUCUUAAAAAUAGAGGUGCCAAAGAGGGUUCUUUGUCUUGAUGCCACAGACAAGUAGUGUGUAGGGUUCCAUUCAUGAGGCUACAUGGGAAAUAGUUUUAAGCCUGAGAGCAAAUAUGUUUUUAACAAUCAAUGUUUUUAUUUUAUUAUAUUUUUUUAAUUAUGAAGAAACACAUGAGAAAUCAUACAGUAAACUUAAAAGUGUUAAACCAAAAUAUCUGGAGUGGUGUUCACUUAAAAUGUCUGAGCCUGGUAACUCUGAUGAAUUUAUCCUAAGCAAAAUAGGAAACUCUUGCCUUCCUUUCCUGGGGUGGUCCUGAUGAGAGCCAGUUUCAUCAUAACGCUUUUCACAGUCUUUACGACUGCACUUCAGCAUACUUCCAAAGUUCUUUAAAUGUUUUGGAUUGACUGACCUUCGUUAAAGUCAUUUUUUUUUAUGGAUUAUAAUAUGUAACAUUACUCAAAUAGGGCUAUUCACUGUAUACCAACUCUACCUCCCCACAACUCCUGAACUGAUGCUCUCAAACACAUUUUGUCCACAUAUGUCCUUUUUUUCUUCUUAAACUGGGUUUUGUAGGGAGUGUGUAGCCUUAUUGAAGGUGCCCUAUUGUAGUGUUUCUACAACCGCACAUCCAAAUGAAUAAGAACUGAUUAAAAACCUGUAUUUUUAAGAAUGUGUACAUUAACUUAGCCUUAUUUAAAUGAGCUUUGGAAACUUGUGCAGCUUUUAUUUUGUGUAAGACUGAUUGAACAGGUGCACUUUAUCCUUCAGUCAUUCCCACCUUUUUUUCUGAUAUGCCAAAUAAUGUAUUAUUAUUAUUUUUGAUUCCCAUGGAACUAUUUAAGAACAGUUAAAAUUAAAACAAUAAAAGGAACAAGAUUAAUCGGA